CCAAACUGUUGAAGCCAAGGAACUAUAAAAUGGAAGCAAAAUGGAGAAAGAGAAAGAAACAGCGACGAGAAAAAAGAAGCAAAGACUAACAAAUCGGCAGCAAAGGAAGAGAGAUGGCUCACAGAAAAACCAGUGGAAGCAAACUCCUCAUGACAGUGUUGUAUAUGGUGGCAGCAUGCAGUGCCGUCCCCAUCAGUGACCUGCUGGACCGAGCCUCUCAGCGCUCUGACACACUGCACUCCCUCAGCACAACACUGACCCAAGAGCUGGACUCUCAUUUCCCUCCUAUAGGCCGGAUGAUCAUGCCCCGCCCCUCAAUGUGCCACACCUCCUCUCUGCAGACACCCAAUGACAAGGAGCAAGCUCUUCAAGUAUCAGAGUCAGACCUGUUGUCAUUGGCUCGCUCUCUGCUCCAAGCCUGGGUAGACCCCCUGGUAGUCUUGUCCACCUCCGCUAACACCCUACCUCACCCAGCCCAAAGCAGCAUAUCCAACAAGAUCCAGGAGCUGCAGGAGCACUCCAAGAACCUGGGAGACGGCCUGUAUAUCCUAUCUGGCAAGAUGGGUCCAGCGGCUCAGACCAUCUCCUUACUGCCCUACAGAGGAGGCAAUGACAUCGGCCAGGACAAGAUUUCCAAAUUGACCAACUUCCAUUUCCUGUUGUCCUGCUUCCGCCGGGACUCCCACAAGAUUGACAGCUUCCUGAAAGUCCUCCGCUGCCGGGCAGCUAAAGUGCAACCUGAGAUGUGCUGAAGAGUGAGGCAGCCAGCUUGACUCUGAGGGGAGAUUUUUCUUAAAGCUUGUAUUGCCGACCAACUAUGUAUUAGCACGAACUAGGAAUCUGAUAUUUGAGCUAAUAUCCUAACUGCUAAGUAGUUGGCAUUAUGAGCUUUCAGAAGGUGAAGAUAAGGAGGGGUUACAUGGCACACAUAGGAAACACAUUUUAGCCAUCAUGGUGCACAGAACAUUGACUUCACUGAUAUUCUCAGUGUGAAUGUAUAGAUGCUAAGAUAUGAUGUAAAAAUUGAUGGUUUUAGCAUUAUUGAUUUUGUUGGAAAAAUUUCCCUUGUACAUUUGCAAAAGUUUUACUUCUUAAACAGAUUCCUUAAUUGACUUAAAAGUCAAUGGUUAAAACAGGUUAAGACAUUUCAGGUGGGUAGAGGAGCAGUACAGUUAACCUAAAGGUUUAUACUGUUGUUGGGUCAGGACAAAGCAUGACUCAUACACUUCCCCAUAUGUUUCCAGCUGGUCUGGCAUUAUGAACUGACCAUAUUGUGGUCACAAAUCUGGGUGCUCCUGUGACUCCUCCUUGUCCUUUAUACCUUCAAAGCCAAGCUGCCAAAGGAGCUUUGCGGUGUCAGGCAGGGUGUGACAUAUGAAAUCCCGCCACCAGCCUCUCUUCAAGUCAUUCUUCCCACUGGCAUGCAAGGCUUCAAUGUAGAAUACCUUUCUCUUCCUAACUAAUGCUUGUCUGAUGACAAACUGCUGCAUUUGCAUUUUGGAUUUAAUUACACUCUCUUGAAAGAAUUUUGAAUGUGAUGCCUAGCAAUUGAAAUAUUUCUUUAAAAUCUGUAUAUCAAUAAAAAUCAUCUAUUGCACA